AUGUCACUGUCUCGUGCAGAACGCGGACAAUCUGACAAAGAGAUUACAAACUUGACGAGGAACUUGCACUUUGCAGUGGAUUCGGUCAAGAAAGCGCAGAUGAUGCGUGACGAGAUGCGUCAUGCUCGUGCUCUUGACGGAGAGAAGGAAGCAUACGCAUUCUCCUCUAUGGAAGAUGUCCACCACCAGCAGUUGGUGACAGUGUGCUUGGAGCAACAGCGGUGA